AUGGCAUCAUCUUCAAGUUCUCGUCGAAGACUCUUAUGUGGUCCUGAGGACCCUUCCGUCUUGUAUCUUCAGAGACAACACGUCUCUAAUAAUAUAUGGGCAGGAGUUGAAACAGAAGACGUCCGCUACAGAAGAUAUGAAGGAAUAAUUUGGGAUGUAUUGGCAGUAAUAGACGAGAUGGGGUUCGGCGGUAUAUUGAGGUGUGGUCAACCAAAGGACAUUGACCACCAUCUUAUUACCGCGUUGAUUGAACGAUGGAAACCAGAGACUCACACGUUUCACUUUUCAGUCGGUGAAGCGACAGUGACUUUGGAAGACGUGGAGGUCUUACGGGGCCUCAAAGUUGACGGUGAUGCUUUGACGAGUUACAUCCCCACUAAGGAUGUCAACUAUUGGAUACAACUGUCUUUGGAUUAUCUUGGAUUUAUACCAGAUACAGUUGAGUUGAAACAAAUGGUUUGGAAGCAGACAAGCUUAUCAAAUCAACUAAGGAUUGAGUUGAGUGAUGAACACGACCAGUAUAUAUAUGUUCAACGUGCUCGUGUUUAUUGUCUGCUUUUACUUGGUGGUCUGAUGAUCCCGAACGCUUCCGGAAAUAAAAUUCCAUUCUUCUACUUGCAAUUUUGCAUGGAUGUAGAACGAUAUUCUAGCUAUAGCUAG